AAGCGCCGCAGUAUCUGCUUCCGGGGUUGAAGGGCCUCAACGUGGUGGUGCUGUAAGCUCAACGUGUGGAGCAGCUCGAAAUGAAACCUCGGAGUAACUAAAGGCGAAAAUCGAAAUACAGUCUUUAAAACAGCUUAAAUCGUGCAGUGAUGGGGGAGUUCAAGGUUCAUCGUGUCCGCUUCUUCGACUACAUGCCCUCGGCUGUCCGUUCUUUGGCCUUUGAGCCGCAGUCUCAGCGGGUCGCGGUGGCACGGUCCGACGGCUCUGUGGAGAUCUUCAACGUGGUUGAUCACUUCUUUCAGGAAAAGGUGAUUCCUGGGCGAGAAUCUCGUGCCACUGAGGCUUUGGCCUGGGUCGGAGAGCGCCUCUUUAGUGGCGGGUUAAACGGAGAGAUCGUUGAGUACGAUUUGGACAACCACAAAGUAAAAUACACACUUGAUGCUUAUGGAGGCCCCAUUUGGUCUAUAGCAAGCAACAAGCAAGGAACUCAUUUGGCUGUUGGUUGUGAGGAUGGUACUGUUAAACUUUUUGAGGUGUGUGAAAGUAAAAUUCAGUUUGAAAAGAAUAUGGCCAAACAAAAAGGACGAAUCAUCUCGCUGUCCUGGCACCCUUCAGGCCUGAGGAUCGCUGCAGGGAUGAUGGAUAUGAUUCGGAUCUUUGACACUGAAAGAGGUCAGUCAGUUCACCGGUUGCUGGUGGAGCGUGGAAUAGGAACAGCCAGGAGCAAGGAGUGUGUCGUUUGGAGUGUGGUUUACCUCAGCGAUGGCACCAUCGUCAGCGGAGACUCGUCUGGGAAGGUUAAGAUGUGGGAUGAGCAAACAGGGACGCUGAUUAAAAGCCAUCAGGUCACCAAGUGGGACGUUCUAACGUUAUCAGCCUCACAGGAUGAGACCAGCGUUGUUGCAGGAACGUCAGAGGGAACCAUAGUACAGUUUCAGUUCCUCUCCAUGGUUCUUGGACAGGAGGAUAAAGAGUGGGUCCAAACCAGAACUUUCAAGAACCACACACACGAUGUCCGAGCUGUUUUGGAGAUCAACAUGGCCAUUGUGUCAGGAGGAAUGGACACCCAGAUCGUCAUGAGGCCUCUUUUGGAUAAAAUUGAAGUGAAGAGCACUGCUACUACUUUUCGCAAGAUUCAUUUUCCUCAUCGAAGUUUAGUGUCCUGUGCCAAGAAAACUGGUGUACUGCUGUUCCAGUACCCAUCACAUCUGGAGCUGUGGAGACUCGGAGAAAGUGAAGGCACCGGGAUGCCUGGAAGUAGUUCCAUUAAAAGGAAACCAGAAAAAUUACUCCAUCUAAAGACAAAGGGUGAGGAGCAUAUUAGCUGCAGUGCUGUCUCCCCGUGUGGAGAGUGGAUCGCUUACUCUACAGUGGCCAGCUUUCGACUGUACAGACUGCAUUGUGUCAACAACAACAUCAGCAUCACAAAGGUUUCUAAGCUCCCAAAAAUCCUCAGCUCAGCCAAUCAGAUAUGCUUCUCUUCAGACUCCUCACACGUGUUUGUGGCUUCCACUUGCUCGACUGUACAUGUGGCCGCUCUGAGCAAAACAGAGUGCAAGUUUGUAACCACGCUCAAGUCCAAAUCAGGCUCUGGGCAAGCCAUUCACCUGUUAGCAGCCAGUGAGGAUGGAAAAUGGCUGGCCUCAGCCAAUAGUGCUCAUGAGAUUCACGUUUACAACCUGACGAAGAUGAAGGUACACUGUACAGUGCCUGUUUAUAGCUCCGGAGUCAGCGCCAUGGCCAUCCAUCCAACAACUAACAACCUGUUCAUGGUGCAUGCAGAUCAGCAGCUGUUCGAGUACUCGAUAGAGCAAAAACAGUACACUGACUGGAGUCGACUGGUGCAGAGGAACGGACUUCAUUUCCUGUGGCUGGAGAGAGACACACCAGUCACUAAUGUGACCUUCAGUCGCAAAAACCCAGCCCACAUUGUGCUACAUGACAUGUACAUGUUCUGUGUCAUUGAUCAAACCCUGCCUCUUCCUAAUGAUAAAUCGCAGUUCUUCAAUCAGCUGACACUGCGAAGCCUACCUGAGAAGGAAAGGAAAUCCAAAAGCCAUGCGUUUAAAGUUUGUAAGACUUACAAGGAGCUGCUGUUUGCUGGACUGAUGGAGGAUCAGUCAAUGGUAGUGGUGGAGCGUCCCCUGUUGGAGAUCACUGCUGAACUCCCACCACCAGUCAGACAGAAGAAGUUUGCUACAUAAGUGUGUGAGCGUGUGCGUGUGUGAGAGCUUGUGUGUGUGCGUGUGUGAGAGCUUGUGUGUGUGUGUGUGUGUGUGUGUGUGUGUGUGUGUGUGUGAGAGCUUGUGUGUGUGUGUGUGUGUGUG